AUGCGUUUGUUAAUCCUUCUUUCGCUUGUUUGCUGCACAUUCGCUUAUGGCUACUACGGUGGCAAGAGAGGCGGCGGCAGAGGUGGAUACGGAGGAGGUGGAUACGGAGGAGGUGGAUACGGAGGAGGUGGAAAAGGUGGAUACGGAGGCGGAAAAAUUAUCGUCGUAGGAGGAAAAGGAGGAUACGGUGGUGGAUAUGGAGGAUACGGUGGUGGAUACGGAGGUGGAUACGGAGGAAGAGGAGGUUACGGAGGAGGAUACGGAGGCGGAUACGGAGGAUACGGUGGUGGAUACGGAGGUGGAUACGGAGGAAGAGGAGGUUACGGAGGAGGAUACGGAGGAAGAGGAGGUUACGGAGGAGGCUACGGAGGUGGAUUUGGAGGAAAGGGAGGUUACGGAGGAGGCUACGGAGGCUACGGGGGUGGAUUUGGAGGAAAAGGAGGUUACGGAGGUGGAUAUGGCGGCGGAUACGGAGGCUAUGGUGGUGGAUUCGGAGGAAAGGGAGGUUAUGGAGGUGGUUACGGAGGCGGAUACGGAGGCGGAUACGGCGGUGGAUACGGAGGCGGAUACGGAGGUGGAUACGGAGGCGGAUACGGAGGUGGAUACGGAGGAGGAUACGGAGGAGGAUACGGAGGCGGAUACGGAGGAGGAUACGGAGGCGGAUACGGAGGAUAUGGAGGCGGAUUUGGUGGUGGAUUUGGAAAAUAUAAACAGCUGAAGUCUGUAAAGUCUAAUAAUGAUUUGGUUGCCGCGAGAAAGGAUGCUUGUCAGAUUCUGAUGAGGCAUUUACUAAGUAUGUUUGGUGCCGAAGUAAGACAGAAAAGAUUUCAUAUUUGCAGAGCCGAUUUUAUCCUGUUCAUCGCAACUUUUCUAAGUGAAUGCUUAUGUUUGUCCCAGCUAGUGUUUUAUGAAGAACAAAGAACUUGGAAUGAAGCCUACACAAUUUGUGAGAAAAAUGGUGGAUUGCUGAUGUCGGUAGAUUCACAAGAGAAAUACAAUCUGUUAGACACAUUUUCCAAUGAGCAACCCUGGAACUCGGUGGAUAAAUUAGAUAAGAAAACAGUCUGGAUUGGACUUCAUUACACUGACUCAAAAGGUACUAAGCUUGCAUGGGCGGAUUGUUCCUCAGUUUCCUGGACAAACUGGCAUCCUAGUCAACCCAAAAGCACCAAUACUAAUAAGUGUGUAUACCUCCAAACUAUUUCCUCUAAUUUCUGGACGGACGUAUGCAGUAGCCAGUUAUACUUUAUAUGUGAAAAUCUUGACUCGAAUCCCUGUACUUCUUCCCUUACAUCCUGCUAUGAAGCAACAAUUGGCGUAACAGGACAAUCGGUGGACAUUAACCCCAAUAACAAUCCCUCUUCAAGCUGUUACGAGAGAGAACUCACAACAUCCACAGAGGAUUGGUCCAUCACACCAAGUACACAUUUAACAACUGACAACUUACCUCAGUUCAUGUCCUCUAUAACUCUGGAUUCUAAAUCUAUAUCAGAGUCCACAACAUUGUCAACAUAUACAACUAAUUCUGUUGGAGAAUGUUCUUGUAAAUGCGUGGAUGAUGGGGCCAAUAUGACAGAAACUGUGCUUCAAAGUAAAAUAGAGGCCAGAAAAAAGUUUCUUACAGUUGAUAAACAGUCUCUCUCGAGCACAAUUCGUAAGAAAGAGAGUGCCGAGGAUCCUCGACCAAGUGCAAAGGGGAUCGGUGUUGUUGGGGUGGUUUUCAUUAUUUUCAUUAUUGGGGGGAUUGUUAUACCGGAUCUUUAUAGUUUAUAUAUACAUGUUAGUAGACAUCUUUUCAAAGCAAAACAGUAUUCAAAAACUAAUGAUAAAUCCCAAGCAAACAACGAAUGCAUUGAACAAAAUGUAAUGGUUUUAGAAAGCACUACUGAAUGA